AUGGCUAGAGAGAAACUUGAGUUAGCUGCUGAAAAGCAGGCUUUAUCUUAUGAUCAUUUGCCUUAUUUGUACUGUCACAUUUGUAAAAAGAGUUUCAAGGGGUACAAGUACCAGCAACACAUGCAGGAGCACGAGGCCACCAUGACCCUCAGAUGCACAUAUUGCUCAUAUGAGACAGAGGGGAGGUCGGAGAUGACCAGGCAUUUCGGGAGGAUGCACAAUAGUAGAAAACAAGAGGCGAAGUAUAUAAACUACACUGCAGCGACGACGGGACAUCUGAGGAAGCGUGAAGGAGAGAGGAGAAGGGACAAGUGGGAGGAAGAAAAGAAGACAGAAAGGGAGAGCAAGGAAAGGAAAGAAGAUAAAGAUGACAGGAAGGAAAGAAAGCGUGAAGGAGAGGACAGGAAGGAAAAGAAGAAAGAUGAGAUGUCUCAUUUGUACUGUCACAUUUGUAAAAAGAGUAUCAAGGGGUACAAGUACCAGCAACACAUGCAGGAGCACGAGGCCACCAUGACCCUCAGAUGCACAUAUUGCUCAUAUGAGACAGAGGGGAGGUCGGAGAUGACCAGGCAUUUCGGGAGGAUGCACAAUAGUAGAAAACAAGAGGCGAAGUAUAUCAACUACACUGCGGCGACGACGGGGCAUCUGAGGAAGCAUGAAGGAGAGAGGAGAAGGCACAAGUGGGAGGAAGAAAAGAAGACAGAAAGGGAGAGCAAGGAAAGGAAGGAAGAUAAAGAUGACAGGAAGGAAAGAAAGCGUUAA